AUGGGCGGGGGGUCAGAGGCUCGGAGAGCCACAGGCCAGGCUGAGAUGAGAGCACAGGGAGAGAGCUGGGGAGAUGAGAUGGCUGAUGGAAACGCUGAGGGGAAAGCAUUAAGUCAGAGGCUGAGGGCAGUUAGCACUGACCCCCUCGCCAUGACUGUCAUGAUGAGUUUUGCCUUAUGCCUUGA